GCGGAGCGCCAGGUCGCAGCCCCCGGCCCCGGGCAGACCGCCCAGUGGGCUGCGGUCCUGGGGCCACACAGGCCGGAUAAAAGGGCAGCGGUGAGUCGGUGCUGUGGAAGAGCGCGGUGCACCAACAUGACGGCGUUAUUAGCGUGGAAGACGCUUUGCUGGAUCUGCGUCCUGGCUGCGGGAGGUCUGGGAUCCUCCCCGUCCCCGCACCCCGGGCCCGGGGCCGGGACCGGGGUGCGGGGCCGCCAGCCGCGGCCGCGGGGCCACGGACCCCCGGACCCCGCCGGGUCCGUCCAGCAGGGCGACAUCACCGGCCAGGGUUCCAGCCGGGACCCGCCGCUCCACGGACGGAGACAAGCUGACGACCCUGACUCCAGGUUUCUGCAUGACGGGGGAAGCCAGCAGUCAUCGCCACGGCAACACAGCCAGCAGUUAUCGCCACGGCAACACAGCCAGCAGUCAUCGCCACGGCAACACAGAGCUGUUCCCUCUGGGUCCUGGCGGGCUGUUCCAGAUGUGAGCGGAAUGAAAGCAGCAAUGAGACCCAACUGCAGGAACCGGCCGAUAGACCUGGUCUUCAUCAUAGACAGCUCCCGCAGCGUCCGCCCUGCAGAGUUUGAGAAGGCUAAGGAGUUCCUGCAGGACAUGGUGGACAGCUUGAUCAUCGGCUCGGAGGCCACUCGGGUCGGCCUCGUUAACUACGCCAGCACGGUGCAGAUUGAGUUUCUGCUCAACACGUACUUUGACAAGUCGUCCCUGAAGCGGGCGCUGGCCCACAUCGAGCCGCUGGCCGCCGGCACCAUGACCGGCAUGGCCAUCAAGACGGCCAUGGAGAAGGCCUUCACCCAGGAGGCCGGCGCCCGCGUGCACUCCACCAACAUCGCCAAGGUGGCCAUCGUGGUGACGGACGGGAGGCCCCAGGACAAGGUGGAGGAAGUGUCUGCAGCAGCCCGGGACUCCGGGAUCGAGAUCUACGCGGUGGGCGUUGACAGAGCGGAUAUGGAGUCCCUGCGGCUCAUGGCCAGCCCCCCGCACGACGAGCACGUCUUCUACGUUGAGACCUACGGUGUCAUAGAGAAGCUUACGUCCAAAUUUAGGGAAACCUUGUGUGGUCUGGAUGCUUGUGCUCAGGGACAUAGUUGCCAGCAUAUUUGUGUCAGCAAUGGCAACUCGUAUAUCUGCCAAUGUUGGCCAAGCUAUGUCUUGAACUCCGACAAGAGAACAUGCUCACGUUCUGAUGCGUGUUCCCGGGGACACGACUGCCAGCAUGUUUGUAUCAGCGAUGCUGACUCGUACACCUGCCAGUGUCGGAUGGGAUACGUGUUGAAUGCAGACCAGAAAACAUGCUCACGGUCAGAUGCGUGUGCUCAGGGACACGACUGCCAGCACACAUGUGUCACCAGCGGGGCGUCGUACAUCUGCACAUGUCGAGCGGGAUAUGUAUUGAACAUGGAUGGAAAGACAUGCUCACAGGAAAUGAGAAGUGAAAUCACGGAGGACGCCUGCAUGUGUGAAGCUCAGCUCGUCUUCCAGAGAACCGUGCAGUCGGCCAUCCAGGAGCUGAGCAGGAAACUCGAUGAGCUUUCACACAAAGUGACCCAGAUUGAGGUUCACGUGCAGCAUUAGGAGCAAGUGUGCCAGCAGGAGACCGUCUCCACGACGACUGUCUUCACCACUCAGCGCUGUUCUCCAACUGCUACGACCGUCAAAGAUGACUGACUUUCUACAGGAUGUGGAUUUUUGCAAUAUAGCCUUCUGUUAGUAGCGUUGGUGUUUAUUUAACACAAAACUAGCACAUAAAAGUGCAAGGAAUUUACUUCAGACGUAAACUAGGUAUGAUAGCUAGGUGAUUUUAGCAACUUAGUUAUGGGGUUCAUAUUUAAGAAUUAAUUUACAGUGUUAUUUCUAUGUUGUAGUGUAUUUCAAUUCACAGUUUCAAAUCCUCUAUCAAUGGCAUUACCAAGAAUGCUAAUCUAUUAUGCAACAGAUGUUGUUUGUGCCAGAUAGCAUUAUUUAAAAAAGAAAGGCCAUAAACGGCCUGAUCCAGCUGGCCCAUGACAUGUUACGUAAUUGAAUUAUCGUAAUCCUUAUCCUUAAAAUAAACAAGAAAAUAUACAGCAAUCAUGGCAAAGCGCUGAUAGGUAAUUAUUUUGUACAGUUUUUGACAGGAGGGACGAUAGUUCCGAGUGUAACUGGGUCCAGGUUUUGCAGCAAUAGUAAUUAUAGUGGUAUUUUCUCCACACGGGUCAGAAUAGUGUAUCAUAAAUGUUCUGUAUCUUCUGCCGUCUGGCCUGUAUCAGCCUCUCCCUGCACUCGUAGGCCAGUGUGCAUGAUGUAUUUUAGUGCUCAUUUAAAAAAAAGGCAUCUAGUUUUCUGUAUUUUUAUUUGGAAGAUGCACAUGGAGAAUAAAUAUAAAAUAAUGAAUUAUUUACAUUUCUUGUGUUAUUUACUCAUCUCACCACACUUCAUUAAAACAUUAAUUAUAAUUCUAGAAAUAUUUUCGUCUGAAAAGAAGUAUGUAAGUUCAGAAUAAAGCACAUGAAAACCAGAGGUGUGUAGUAACGAAGUAGAUGUACUUCGUUACACUACUUAAGUAGUUUUUUUUGAGGAUUUGUACUUGCGUUUUUUUUUUUAAAUCAGGACUU